AUGUCAGCUACAACCCCAUUACAGGCAGCCAACAGCGAAAUCGCGGCCCAGUUUGACACCUACACGCACUUCGCCGUGCCGCUGGUCGUACUCGGCGUUCUCGUCACGAGCUGGGUCGAGAAGGUCCGAAGAUUCCCGAACCUGAGCUCGGCGGGCGCGGAAAUGACCGAAGGGCCGACUAGCCCUCGGUCAAUGGUGAAUCCGGUUUACACCAUCGACGGUGCGGACGGCAGCCAAUCAACGGACGAGCAGUCGCCGCGUGACCCGCCGGGCCCGAGCGCCCCGCACACGCCUGUAUCCAUCCGCCGGAGUUUCCCGAUGUCGUUCUCGUCGUCCCGAAGUUCCCCGAGGCCGCGGCCGAAGCUGACGUCAAACGACGACCGCGCCCGAAUCCUCUCGGCCGAGUUCUUCGCGGUCUACGACGUCCUCGAGCUGCUAUUGGUCACGAACUUUCACGACGUUUGCCGAACGUACUGGAUCUUUCCGAUCUACGUCGUCGCUUUCUUGAGCAUGUUUAAAUCAAUACUUCGCCUCGACCAUAGAUUUCUGCCUAUAGUAUCCAUGGCAACGCACGAAAUACCGUUUUUGAUCCUCCGCAUAGCGUUGCUUGCAAAAUUUGGCAUAGAGAUAAUGAGCGUGGUGUACCCUUUAAAAAAUCUAGCCGUGAUCGCGUUUUACGUUUACUAUAACUUCAUCGUCGUGAUUAUAAAAUCGCGAGCUUUCAACAGAAAUAGAUACUCUUUCCCAAAUCGCGACGACGCGGUUAGUACGACCAGCUUUUCUACCAUUUCGUCGCGACCUGGUUCUACCCUUUAUUAA